GUGUAGAUGCCUGCUCAGAACAGAGCAGACGUAAACAAAUCUUUCGUAAAAUCACCGAUGGCAACUGCUGUCCUGUUCGGGUCUCUGCGGGUUCCUGUAAUACAUGGAUGGGUGAAGGCUGACGGAGGUUCGAUCAGCAUGACCUUCACGCUGAUCGGUGAUCGAUUCUGCGCAGGCCCGGUUCAUCUUUAAGGAGCCUACAGUUGAUUUUAGAGAACAAACACGGGCAUCAUGAAGGAAGUGGAUUGUGUUCAGCAGCGAAACACAGACAGUCUGCAGACUGGCGGGCAGCAGCUGCAGCAGCACGAUGAUGAUGCUUUAAACCAACCUGUGUCUUCUGCCGAAGUCCAGCAGCUGUUUGUAGUUAAAGAAGAAAUUCCUCCUGAAUGGUCUCCCAGUUUGGACCAGCAGGAUCGAGAGCUGCUCCACAUAAAGGAGGAAGAGGAAGAAAUCUGGACCAGUCAUGAGGGAGGACCGCAUAAUGGGCAGGAGGAGGCUGAAAUCACAGGUGUCCUGUUCACUGCUGUUCCUGUGAAGAGUGAAGAUGAUGAAGAGAAACCUGAGUCUUCAGAUAUUCAUCAGAGCCAAACUGGAAACUGCACAGAGGCAGAAUCUCCGAGCAGCUGCUCAGCUGAAAAGAUAAAAGCUGAAGCUGGUGCAGAGGACUGUGGAGGACCAGAAUCAACCAAUGGCACAGACUUAAAAAGUAAUUUACAACCAAAAACUGAUGAAAAAACUUCAGACUCCUCUGAGACAGAAGUCAGUAAUAAUGACGAUGAAGAUUGGCAGGAACCUUUGUCAGAUUAUGCACCUGAAACUGAAGACAGUGAUAACAGCUGGAAGGAGAGCAGUGCACUCGGGAGUGAAGUUUGUGAUGGAAAAUGUAGCCAGUCUGAAAAUCUAAAGGGACACAGGAGAGGUCAUACAGGACAGAAGGCAUUUUGUUGUGGCGUUUGUGGUAAAAGAUUCCCCCGACAAGGGGAUCUAAAGAGACACCUGAGGGUCCACACGGGAGAGAAGCCAUUUGAUUGCAGUUUUUGUGGCAAAAGAUUUAAACAGCAGGGGGUUCUUAAGAGUCAUAUGAGAAUUCACACUGGAGAAAAACCCUUUGCUUGCGAUGUUUGCGGAAAAAGAUUUAUCCAUCAGUCAAAUCUCAAGUCACACACCAGAGUUCACACGGGAGAGAAACCAUUUAGUUGUAGCAUUUGUGGUAAACAUUUUACAGAACAGGGGAGUUUGAAGAGGCACAGAGGAAUCCACACAGGACAGAAGCCCUUUGGAUGUGGCAUUUGUGGGAAAACAUUUAGCCGGAAGACACAUUUUAAUAUACACAUGACCGUCCACACGGGAGAAAAACCAUUUGACUGUGGAUUUUGUGGUAAAAAGUUUAGCCAGAAGACACACUUUAAGAUCCACAUCAGAGUCCACACUGGAGAGAAGCCCUUCAGUUGUGAUGCCUGUGGAAAAAAAUUUAGACUUCAGUACAACCUUAAAAGACACAUGAGAGUCCACUCAGGAGAAAAACCAUUUGGUUGUGAUGUUUGUGGUGAAAGAUUUACAGAGCAGGGGAGUCUUAAACGGCACAGCGGAGUUCACACAGGAGAGAAACCAUUUUCCUGUGAUGACUGCGGUAAAACAUUCAGUCGAAAUACGCAUCUUAAGAGACACAUGCGGGUCCACACGGGAGAGAGGCCUUUUGGUUGUGACAUUUGUGGUGAAAAGUUUACCGAGCAGGGGGUUCUGAAGAGUCACAUGAGAGUUCACACAGGAGAGAAGCCAUUCGGGUGUGACGUUUGUGGGAAGAGAUUUAGACAUCAGUAUACACUUAAAAGACACACGGGUGUUCACACAGGGGAGAAACCGUUCUCCUGUGGUGUUUGUGGCGAAAGAUUUACGAGACAGGGGAAUCUAAAGAGACACAUGCGAAAUAUCACGAGCUGUGAUUUUUUUUUAAAUCUCGUGGUCGCUGCGGUGACCUGGGAUAAAGGUGCCCGAGCGGAUGCCUGCUCAGAAAACGCAGGAGACACGUCAACAAAUCUUCCCCCAAAAAAGAAGUCAAGGAGAGUGGACGCCCUGUUGGAGUCCGUGUCUGUGACACAUUCAUGCAUCAGGUCCGGACAGACAUGCAAACAUCGCGUCUGUGUUCGGAAGUCGAUUCCGCGCAGGCCUGGUUCGUCUGAAAGGAGCCCACAGUUUGUUUUAAAGAAGAGGAUAGCCGCUGACAGCAUGGACGAAGUGGAUUAUCUGCAGCAGUACGCCGCUGACAGCCUGCCGUUUGAAGAAAAACCAGAAAUCAAACCGCUCGGACUCCAUCAGCUGCAGGAUGCUGAUAUUAACCGAGCAGAUGAUAUUCAGCAACUUGUGGUGAUCAAAGAAGAGGCUCCAUGGGACCAGCAUUACUCGGAACACCUCCACAUAAAGACGGAGCAGGAGGAACUGUGGGCCAGUCAGGAGGGAGAGCAUCUUAAUGGGUUCGAGGAGACUGAAAUCACCGGGUUUCCAUUCAAUAUUCUUGUAAAGAGUGAAGAUGAUGAAGAGAAACCUCAUUUUUCACAGCUUCAUAAAAGCCAAACUAAAGACUGCACGGCGGCUGAGCCUCCAAGCAGCAGCUUGACUAAAUGGAUUAAGAUAGAAACUUAUGGAGAGGACGGUAGAUCACUAGAACUAGCCAGGAAACCUGAUCCCAGUACUCAUUUACAAACAAAUAUUGUUAAAGGGGCUUCUGACUCUUCAGAGACGGAGGUCAGUGAUGAGGAUUGGCAGGGCCCGUUGUCAGAUUCUGGACCUGAAACUGAAGACAGUGAAAAUGGAAAGCUCGAGUCGGGCGUUCCUAGUGAGGCGGGACAUAACACUCCGAAAAAAAACUUUAGCUGCUCUGCGUGCGGUAAACAUUUUGUCUACAAGCAGUCUCUUAAGAGGCACAUCAGACGUAAUUCAGAAAAUGGUUCUUCAGGCUGUUUGGAUAACAUGAAAUGUUUUAAACGGAAGCAAAGCAUAGACUCGCACAUCAAAAUUUACACGGGAGAGAAACCGUUUGGCUGUGGGUUCUGUGGCAAAAGAGUUAAGUACCUGUACAAUCUUAAAUCACACAUGAGGGUCCACACGGGAGAAAAGUUAUUUGGCUGUGACAUUUGUGGAAAAAGGUUUACGCAUCACCAGAAUCUGAAGACGCAUGUGACAAUCCAUUCAGGGGAGAAACCGUUUGUGUGCGAUAUUUGUGGCAAAAGAGCAAGGCAUCAGAAUAAUCUAAAGAUACACAUGAUAGCCCACACAGGAGAAAAACCGUUUGGGUGCGACGACUGCGGUAAAAGAUUUAAACGGAAGACUCAUCUGACGACGCACAUGACCGUCCACACGGCAGAAAAGCCAUUCGGCUGCGACGUGUGUGGCAAAAGAUUUAACCGCAAAUCCCACCUUAGGACGCACAUGAUCGUUCACACCGGGGAGAAACCGUACGGUUGCGAUGUUUGUGGCAAGAAAUUUAACCGAAAAACGCACCUGGAGUCUCACAUCACGGUUCACACAGGAGAGAAACCGUUUGGUUGCGCCAUUUGUGAUCAAGGAUUUACUCAGCAGGGAAGUUUAAAUCGACACAUGAGAUUUCACUUGGGGUAGAAACGUGGUCACAGUCACGGAGUUUGGUCUGAAAGGGUCAAAGUGUCGCUGAAAGCCACAGCAGAGGCUCUGAGAGUUAUUGCUCUCUUCAUCUGGGUCUACAGUUUCGAGACUAUCUUUUUGUUUUUGUGAUUAAUCUUUGUUGGGAUUCUUGACAUUUUAUGUUACAAGUUAAGAAUUGUGGCAGCGCGGUGGCGCAGCAGUUACCACAGUGCUGCCCCACAGAAAGAUUUGAACCCACUUCCCCUCUGGGGCACCCUGUGUGGAUGCCCUUGGACUUCCUCAGGGUACCCCAGCUUUGUGCCACAGUCAGAGGACAUGCUUGUUAGAUAAAUGGGUAACUCUAAAUUUGCCUUAAUUGUGAAUGAGUGUGUAUGGUUGUCUGGACAGGCCCUGUACCCCUCUGUGGGAGCUGUUAGGGCUCCAGCCCCACAACCCUGCACUGGAUUGGCAAGAGCAGUUAAAGUGAUCGGCUGUAAUGACAUCAUUUAUGGAUUCAGUCAUCUCCUGCGUUGGAUGAGGCUCUGGUCUCUUUAUCGUCCUGCAGUGCUUUUUGUUUGUUUGUUUGUUUUGUAGGUGUCCCAAAACUAUUUACUGGCCAUUCUUGGCCCCUGCUUCAUGAAACACGACUUUAAAUAAAACUUUAAAAAAUCCUGUGGCUCACAGUGUCCCGGAGCCCGCAGAAGACACUCUUUUGAUGUAAGACUUCAGUGUGGAGCAUUAACAAGUAUUCUGUUGUUGUGGAUGGUUUGUCUCUUCCUGCCAUAUGAUGGCAUUUAGCACGAACUGUUACUGUGAGCAGCCAAACAAACGUUGUCUACGCUGGGAGAAUUUGGAUUAUUGUUAACUCUGAGGUGCCUCCGAUUUUGUUUGCUUUCUCUGAGCAUUUGGAGCGAGAAAUGACGACUGAAGUCAGACUCAUCAAGCGGAUGGUUUACAAGGUGCAGCGCUCCACCAGCUGGAAAGCUUAAGGCAGUCAACAAAGUUUGACCACAAAAUUAAUUCUGUUUUGUACGUUUGUCUCCUAAUCAUGUCUCCAGCUGUCACAGCUGCACUGAUUCAGCACUUGUAUCUCCUAAUCCAGCCGUUAUUUUUCAUUUAUUCAUCAUUAUUUAUAAUUAUUAAUCUUUUUUUUAUUAUUUUGAUUAACCUAAUGAUCAUUGGAGAAAAAUGUUUCCCUCUGUGCCGAUUUUGUUUGAGAUAAUUGACUGAAGCAUUUUGUGUGUUAUGAAUUUGGGAGAACAUUCAUGGAUCUAUAAUCCUGAAAAUUUCAAUAAUUUCCUAAAUGAUGAUCAAAAUUAAAUGUAACAUUUUGGCUGAAGAUGAUGAAUUGAAAAAUAUUAAUUUAAUGUUUGUAUUUAUUGGAUUCCUUAAUUGAAUUUAGGUGAAAGUUACCUAAUUAGUAUUUGAAAUUAUUUUUAGGGGAAAAUUUACACUUAAAAAAAAAAAGAGAUAAUGAAGGAUUUAUUUUUUAAUUAAUUUUGAGUUUGAACCAACAUGUAGCGUCAUUAGUAGCCUUGCACUUUACGUUUUUUCCACAUUUUCAGCCUCAAGCUUUGAGUUUUGACUUGAUCACCACUUUGGUUUGUCCAGCAGAUGGCAACAGUGUGACAAAAAAAGAGAUGCAAGGCUGGCACUCUGUUUGCUGUUGUAUACUUGUGUUGUUCAUGCAUCUUUAGUUAUUAAUCAAGUCAAGACAAUAGCUUGUUUAUUAUAAAUGUGAAAGAAUGACAGUGUUACAUUAAAGUGUGUAAAUGAAAAUAAACCCUUUUC